AUUUCGCAUGAAGUCUACUUAGUCGCGCGCCGAGAUCAUCGAGCGAGUCAUGCAGUUGCAGCGUCAUUGUGUGCUGCUGUUUGAAUGAAGUUAGCAGACACUCAAGUCUUCCGCACCCCGACUUAAACCCGGUCUUUGCAGUUGAGCUCAAUACAGGACAAGUCAAGAGAAAGAUGCCCGUGUUUACAGUGAAUGUGAAAUGGGGGAAGGAGAAGUUUGAUGCGGUGGAGCUGAAUACAGAGGAGCCGCCCAUGGUGUUCAAAGCCCAGCUUUUCGCUCUAACGGGGGUUCAGCCAGAGAGACAGAAAGUCAUGAUGAAAGGUGGAACGCUGAAGGAUGACGAGUGGGGCAACAUCAAGUUGAAAAAUGGGAUGACUCUUCUGAUGAUGGGCUCUGCUGACGCCCUGCCUGAAGAGCCUGUAGUGCGACCCAUGUUUGUGGAGGACAUGACGGAGGAGCAGCUUGCAUCUGCGAUGGAGUUGCCAUGUGGAUUGACAAAUCUGGGCAACACAUGUUACAUGAACGCAACAGUGCAGUGUCUACGCUCUGUGCCUGAGCUCAAAGACGCUCUCAGGAGUUUGAAGGUCCUUGACCUGUAUGUGUCCAGUAUGAAGUGCACCGAGUCAGAGGAUGAGGAUCCAACUAAAGGCACAGAGAGCCAGCUGCAGCUUAGCUGCUUCAUCAAUACAGAAGUCAAAUAUCUCGCCACUGGACUCAGAUUGAGGCUACAGGAGGACAUUACAAAGUUCUCCCCAUCCUUGAAAAGAAACGCCCUCUAUAUCAAAUCGUCCAAAAUCAGCCGUCUCCCGGCAUACCUCACGGUUCAGAUGGUCCGGUUCUUUUACAAAGAAAAAGAGUCUGUGAAUGCCAAAGUCCUUAAGGAUGUCAAAUUUCCUCUUAUGCUGGACGUCUAUGAGCUGUGCACUGCUGAACUGCAGGAGAAGAUGGUUUCUGUGAGGUCAAAGUUCAAGGUGGUUGAAGACAAGAAACUGGAGAUGCAGCAGCAGCCGAAAGAGAAUCUGAAGGUUGGGGCUCCAAAGGAAACAAAAUACGAACCUUUCUGUUUUUCUGAAGACUUGGGCUCCAGCAACAGUGGUUACUACGACCUGCAAGCGGUUCUGACACAUCAGGGGCGAUCCAGUUCAUCUGGCCACUAUGUCGCCUGGGUUAAAAGGAAAGAAGAUGAAUGGGUGAAGUUUGACGAUGAUAAGGUCAGCGUUGUGACCCCUGAGGACAUCUUGAAGCUGUCUGGUGGUGGUGAUUGGCAUAUAGCAUACGUCCUUCUGUAUGGCCCUCGACGUCUGGAGAUACUGGAGUAACAAUGGUUCAGAGGAGACUUAAACCAUAAUUGCCAUUUCAGAGCACUGUCUGUAUAGAUGUGCAAAUAAAUUUUGGUGUCUUUAAAAACAUGACCUUAAUAUUUCCUGAACUCUUCAUGCAUCAACACAAGUGGCAUUUUUAAGGGUGCUUUUUUUGGAUGAUAGAUUGCUUGACUCGCGAUCCUUGUUUGGAUUUGGAGCAGUGGUUUUAUAAAUGUUUUCUAUAUGCAUUGAAUAUUUUUUUUUUUUUUAAGCCUUGUGAAAAGGUGUUCAUGCUCAAUAGACAGUAUCCCACCGCAGGUGACUUGGUAUAUAAAUUUGUUCUUGGCCACAAGUUUCAGACUUACAAAUGCAUCAAGAGGUAUAAUACUAGGAUCUCAUAAGAAACGCAAAUUGUUUACUAUGCUGUGUGCGUGUGUGAAUUUCAUAUCAAAGCACUUUGAGAGGAUGUCUUUAUGCUCAACUACUGCUUCUGUCACUGUAAACUCAUCUGUCUUUAAAUACUCAAAUCAGAGUAAGAAAACUUGAGCUCUGUAAUAUGUUAUUGACUACUGGCUCUUCAUAAACGGUGAAAUAAACAUGCCAUUGACA